UACCAAAAUUCAAGAUUGAAGCAAUGGAUAGCGACAAAGACUGUGACAGUUUGACUGACAGCUUCAAAGAAUGUGCUUUCUUUAAAUAAACCACCCAGAACUCUAUCAACAUUCAUGACUGAAGAAAUGGGUAGUCAGCCACAAGAAGACUUAACAGAUUGACUCAUAAUUUUUCACUUCAGACUUCAGAAAAUGUCUUCUAUUUAAAUGAAUCUCGCAAUGACAGAACUCAUCAGAAUAUUGGAAGAUUGAAGAAAAUAGAAAUGGCUAGCAUAUAACAGCUGGGCUUCUCAGCUACAUUAUUCCAAGAAGCCUUCAAAAUUGUCUCCAUUCUUUUUCUCUUCUCUUUCCCCCUCUUCACCUUCCUGAUUUCAACUCUUCUAUUCUCAGCAGCCAUUCUUCUUCCUUGACCUUUUCUGUACAAAGCCAACAGCAUUUUGUGGAGGUAACAUCGAAAUGGGUUUUAAGGAGAUUCGGGUUCAAGUCGGCAUACUGGUAAAUUUAAAUCAAAAUUUCAUUGUAGUUUCUAUGGUUGGUCAAAUCUCUAAACGUUUUAUUCAUUACUCUGUUAACAAUUAUCAAAUGUAGCAUGUCUUUGAGAUGUUUAGGAGAUUUAAUCAAAUCAAAGGGAUUCGAAAGAAAUUUUCAGGGCCCAAAAGACAUCAAAGUUUGAAUGAUACGUACUAAAAAUGAUAAUUUAACAAUUUCUUAAGAAACUUAUAGUUGACUUUGGCAUGUGACUCGCACAUGCAGGCUGACACUAGUCACCAAUCGACUGGUGACAAGACACCAAGAUGAAGACCAUCGAGGCUAUGUUCUUUAAAUGAUGAAAAUUUCAGAGAUUCAAGAUUCAUAAUGGAUAGCCAUCAGAUUCUGGCGAAACAGAAACUGGGCUUCUCUGCUUCACUCCGAGAAGCCUUCAAAAUUUUCUUUCAUUGUCCAAACUUCAUUUCUCUCGUCAUCGUCUUCUCCUUCCCCUUCUUUGCCUCUCUCCUCGCCCACCACAUUCUCCUUCAUCCAACCUUCGUUCAACUCCUCAAACUUCUCUCUCAGGAAAAUCCUUUUGAUCCAUCUCAAAGGUACAUCAUCAGGUGUCAGCUAGGUGAUACCAGACACUGCUUAUCGCAACGCUCCUCUGACAACUAUAACUUAAAAGAAACUCUCUCCCACAGGUUUCUGAUCUCAACUCUUCUCUCUUCAGUACUCAUCUUCUUCCUAGACCUUCUCUCCACAAUCUCAACGGUCUCCAUAUCAGCAUCAAUAUAUGCAGGAAACUCUCAAAUGGGUUUCAAGGAGAUGCUGGUUGAGGUCAGAAAGCUGUUGGCUGCAAGACUGAGAGGCACAAUGGCAACAUCUCUGUAUGUUCUUUUGAUUGCUUCACUAACUCUGCUGGGUUUGGUCGCUUUGUCAACAAACAUGUUUUUGAUGCCAAAAAGCUCAUUUAUCUUUGGGACAAUCUUUGUAAUUUUGUUGGCAAAAUACAUAGAGUGGAGUGCUAUUUGGAACAUGGGAAUUGUUAUCUCAAUCUUGGAUAAGAACCAUGGAUACAUAGCAAUUGGAGUGGCAGCAUAUUUAAGCCGAGGCAGCAGGAAAUUAGGGUUCAGUUUGAUGCUAGUUUUCUUUGCUUUGAAGGUAGCUUUUGCGCUACCAUGUCUCUAUGCUUUGUGGAAUGAGGGGAGUUGUGGGGCUUUGGGGAAUGUGGUGUCUGUGAGUUUUAAGUGUGUGGGAGAUAUUGUAAUGUGGGUUGUUCUCAUGGUUUAUUUCUAUGACUGCAAAAGGGAAUUUUUGGAGAAGAAGAUCGAUUUGGAGAAUAAUGGGAAAGCCAUAAAGGCUAAUCAACAAUAAAUCCAAUGGAAUGGAAGUAUGCUUUUGAAUCA